GCUAUCUUCAAUUGUUCAGUGGGAGUUGAAUUAUAACUGAGUAAUACUCAUUCACUUCUUCCCGUUGCCCCCUACUUGUCUCGUUAAGGGAGAAUCGACUUUCAUUCCAUAUGGCACCUAGUAUCGUACUAGUAGCACCUGGAGAACCUCGCGAAGGCAAUAAGCCACAGCCAUUGGGAAAUUUUGUCCUGAUAUUCCUCUUCACCACUUCCACGUUGUGCUUGCUUUACUUGCUUUGGCGUCGCGCAAGUACUCUGCGUGCAGUAGUAUCCCACCAACUACAAACGUGGACAAGGCCAGAAGGUCAAAUUCGCCUCUCCGAGGACGACGGUCCAUCUGCUACCGAGUUUCUGACUGAUGGGGACGACGAAGAUGUCGGAAUAGUAGAUGAUGGUGUGAUCCUGGGUCAGGGUGAAGAACGACCGAGGAAUGAAGUCAUCACUCUACCUUCUGUCAGACCUGACUCCUCAUCGUAAAACAUAUAUUUCAUCAUUUGUUUUGCCAUGACCUGCCGCUUGAUUCUAUUCCUGGGGACGAGUAUCUCGUUGUUCUAACUUCAACACCAUGCCUUGCUGUUUAGAUUCCAUUAUGUUCGCGAGCUAGCGGUCCUAGUUUUACUAUUGACUUGUACGACAGGCUCCAUGUUU